AUGGACACCUUGCCCUUCGCCCUCCUACUAUUUCUUUUGUUUUCUGCGGUUUCGGCGAGUCAUUAUGUUCCGAGCACCUCCACCCUGCUGACAACGUUUCUGGAGCGUAAACAUAUAUCGGCGGCACCACCAGACGGGUUAAUCAUUGUGAAGUAUGAAAUGGAAUUGGUGCAUAUACUGGCGGUUGAUGAAUUGAGGCAAACGAUACGGGUGCUAGUGUACGUUACACAGGAAUGGACCGAUAGCUCAUUAUCCUGGAAUCCGGCCAACUUUUCGGGGCAAGAAAUGACAUGGCUCCCCGUCGGAUCUGUCUGGAUCCCCGAUACCAUCGUUUUCAAUAUGCUUGACCAUGCUGACCUCCUUCAACACGUUCGAAUACCGGUGAAAAUCAACUAUACGGGCAAAGUUGUCUACACGUAUCCGGCCAUUUAUAACGUGAUGUGCACAUUAGGCAUCCAAGAUUUUCCUUUUGACGACCAGGCAUGUGUUUUACGGGUCGCAUCCUGGGGGUAUGAUAAAGGAAAGCUGCUGCUCAAUGCUUCUCAUAAGCCCGUUUUGGAGCAUUAUCUCUGCAAUGAGGAAUGGGCAUUAACCAGCGUUGGAAUCACGGAUACAACCUAUGAGCACGAGGGCACGGUGGUGUCAGAGGUCGAAUAUACGAUCAACAUCCGAAGAAAGCCACUUUUCUACAUGAUCUCAUUGGUCUUGCCAUCAGCUAUUAUUUGCGGGCUUUCUAUAGCUGGGUUAUUUGCACGUUUUUCUACUCGCGAAGAGCGACAGGAAAAAUUUACGCUCGGGGUGACAGCCAUUUUGACGAUGGCUGUGUUAUCGUUAGUUGUAGCUGAAAAGGUUCCGCAUAGCUCGGAAGAAGUGCCAUUGAUGGUUGUAUAUUUCCAUUUCAACAUCAUCAUUGUCACCGUUGCUACGAUAUGUACGUCUACAGUGAUGGGAAUUGAAUUCCGGGGCAUCACACAUCCCGGCCCACCGUCAGAAUGGUUGCUCCGGAUAUUUCUUAUUUCACGCCAUCAAGACCGAGAAGAAACUGACGAUGAAACGCAAGGAACGUCAUGUGCUGUAGAGCCAGAUGAGGCAACGAUGGCGCUCAAGAAGAACUUUGAAGAUUCUGAAUUAUGGAAAAUACUAAGCCGACGGUACGGAAGCGCUCGUUUGGCUGGUGGUGAUCAUCAGAAGCGCCGUCCACUCGAUACCGACGAAGACGACUACUCGCCCGAGAAAAAGAAGUGCAACAUGGAGAUGGGACUGGGAAUGAUGCCGAUGAACAUUGGAGCUGCCGGAAUGGGGGCUCCAGCUCCGUUCGGAAUGGCACAGGCCAUGCCCGGGAACAUCAACAUGAACGAGAAUGUCGUCGAGGUCAUCAGCGUUCCGGAUAACACCGUGGGCCUAGUCAUCGGCCGCGGUGGCGAGCAGAUCUCCGCCAUCCAGUCGCAAUCCGGAGCCCGAGUUCAAAUGUCGCCAGACAGCGAGGGUACUGGUCAACGUCAAUGCACCAUUCAAGGAGCCAAGAUGUCCGUUGAACGCGCCAAGCAGUUGAUCUAUGAGGUCAUCAGCCGUGCGGGCAACCGUCCACCACCAAACCAGGUCGUCCAGGCUCCGGGACCCGGCAGCAUCACCGUCGAGCUGCUCAUCCCUGCCAACAAAUGUGGUCUUGUCAUCGGCAAACAGGGCGAUACCAUCCGCCAACUUCAAGAACAAUCCGGCGCUAAAAUGAUGAUGAUCCAGGAUAACCAAGAGGUUACCGGCCAAGCUAAACCGCUGCGCAUCAUGGGCGACCCGGACAAGGUGGAACUGGCCAAGAAUCUGGUCGAGAACAUCAUCGCCGGCGGACCCGAGGGCAUGGCCAGCAGCCGUCUUUAUGGCACGGAGGCAACCGCUCGUGGAGAAGUCAUCGUCCCGCGGGCAUCCGUUGGUAUGAUCAUCGGCAAGGGCGGUGAGAUGAUCAAGCGACUGGGAAUGGAAACCGGAACCAAGAUCCAAUUCAAACCUGACGAUGAUCAAACAACUCCUGACCGCACGGCAAUCAUCUCCGGAACCCGCGACCAGAUCGACAAGGCUACCCAGCUCAUCACCGAGUUGGUGCAAAAAUCGAUGGGCGGCGGAUCUACCGACACGUUCUUCAUGCACGUUCCCGCCAACAAGACUGGCCUCGUCAUCGGCAAAGGCGGAGAAACCAUCAAAUUGAUCAACAACGAAUCCGGCGCGCACUGCGAACUGUCUCGGGAUCCACCCCCGAAUGCCAAUGAGAAGGUUUUCAUCAUCAAGGGCACUCCCUACCAAAUCCAUCAUGCCCAGCACAUCAUCCGUAUCAAGGUUGGCGACAUCGCACCCGGCACCCCCGUACCUACCUUCUCCGGCCCUGGCGCUCCCGUUGUCCAGACCCAAAUGGCCUAUGGACAACAGCCUGGCUUCAACGGCGCUGCUACCCAAUUCGCUCAGCCGAUGGCUGGAAAUAACUGGAAUGGCAACUUCAACCAGCGGGCCCAACAACCGAUGGCCAACGGUUGGCAGCAACAGCAGUACUUCGACGCGAACCAACAGUCGGCCGCUCAAGCCCAAGCAGCUCCCUACGCUCAAAUGACGAUGGCAAGCAACCCCUACGUGCAGCAGCAGCAAUACGCCGCCCCUGGAACCACCCCGGCGGCCCAGCCACAGGCACAGCCCCAGGGAUCUGCCCAGCCAGCCAUCAACCCCAGCACCGGACAACCAGAUUAUUCGGCUCAAUGGGCUGAGUAUUACCGCCAAAUGGGGAUGCCUGAGCAGGCUGCCGCGAUCGAGAACCAACUGAAGCAAACCGUUGCUGGCCAAGGACACCCAGGUCAAGCCCAAGCCCAGCCACAAGCCGUCAAUCCACAACAAUUCGGCGGAUACCAACAGCCCGGUGGCGUUCCCGCAGCCCCUGGAACUACGGUCCAAUCAUUUGCCGGCGGACAACCCCAACAGUACGCCUACUCGCAACCGUAC